UAGUGUAAAUUGCUUCUUCUGCUAUAUAUGAACCAAGUGAGGUAAUUGUUCAUUGUUCAUUAUUGAAGAGAGAUGGGCCGGUCCACCACCGAUCGCUUCGCCAUGGCGCAGUACCUCCUAGUGGCUCUCAUCGUCGUCGUCGUCGCGAGCAACAGCAAGCACGAGGCAGUCGCCGCCAAUACGCUUUUCGUCGUCCAGCUGCAAGGACACGGCCCCGCUGGCCACAAGAUCUCUGUGCCCUUGCGGAAACAUGACUUCUUCCUCACCGGCUGCACCGACGGGAGCGGCCAUUGUCAGGCCUUCCCAGGCCACGAGCACCUGUUUCCUGCGUCCACGACCCUCCCUUUCGCCAGAAGCUACCGCCAGCACAUCGACGGCCUCCUGAACCUACCGUGCGUGCGGCUGAGUAGGGACGCCAUGGUGCACGCGACCCCGGUUCUCCCAGCCUACGCCGAGCUGGCGGCCAUGAAGGCGAUGCUAUGCGAGGCCCAGCUUCUCCAGUCCAUCCGCGAGACGGUGACCGGCGGAUGGAUGAACGGGAUCAUCGUCGCACCCCAGCACCUGCAUGCCCUACAUCGAGCACUCCUACCGACUAAGCUCCUGGAGCAGAUGGACCGUAGCACCAAGCUUAUCUUUGAAGUCUAUGUUCACGCAACCACCUCAAAUGCUGGUAAAUCAGGUGAUAAAGCAAGGCUUCUGCCGGUACAAAGGAUGAUCUACAGCUGCAAAGAGACCAUCGAUGACACACCAGUGCUCGUAGGGAAGCCCAGUACCUUAAGUGAGCAUCAACGUAUCGGCAAAGGAAAAGCCUCGCAUUUGUCGUUGUCGCUUGUUCAUGGCAGCAAGCAAGUCCUGACAACCACAAACAUGUACGAGGAUUCUAUGUAUGGCGUGAUGACAGGAUCGGAUCAGAUGAUAUGUCAAGCUGUGUUAACUGCCUUUGCAGGUAAACCAGGUGAUAAAGCAAGGCUUCUGCCGGUACAAAGGAUGAUCUGCAGCUGCAAAGAGACGACCAAUGACACACUAGUGCUCACCGGGAAGCCCACUACCUUAAGCAAACUAGUCCUGACAACCACAAGCAUGUACGAAGAUAUCCAGGUUGGUUCUGUUUAUGGGGUGCUGAGAGGAUCGGAUCAGAUGAUAUACGAAGCUGUGUUAACUGCCUUUGCAGCUGCCAUAAUCGCGUGCUGCACCAUCAAAAGCACGUCUGCGACCCGUAGAUCUCUCGGCAAGAAAGCAUGCAUCAUGCUUGCAGUCGCCCUUAUUCUUGCCUCAAUCACGCACGUAAGCUGCAACGAUGACGAUGACGAGGAUCCUGAUCCCCAGCCUGGAGCUGGAGACAAUCCCCAGCCAAUACAAGGACUAGUAAGUAUCGCCUUGGACUUCACCAUGAAGGAUGAAGGUGCCUCUAUACCCUUUCUCAAACAGUUUGAAGAUGGGCUGGCAGCAAACACCUUACCUGAUGAAUGGGGGCACUAUUUUACUCCCGAAGAAGCAGUAGACACACCGCUGCUUAGGUGGUUGGUUGUCCAGGUGCCAGGCAAAAAAGUAGUUGCUAACGUAUUGUUCAGAGGGGAUAAUGGGAACAAUGUGGGCUUCAUUAAUGGAUAUGGAACCUCCUGGUGCACGUCAGACGCCAUAGAGAAGAAUAUUUUCCCAUUCAAAGUCUGCAAGGACUUGGAGUUCAACGGUGAUUACCGUGGUCUCACUAAUAUGCCUGAGGGGGAUAGUAAAGUACUUUCAGAAGUAUAUAUAGGCCAGGAAGCGGCAUUGGAGGCAGCAGAGGUGCUCGCAGAGUAUGGAGAGAGCAUGUUUGAUAAGGAAUUGGCAAGGAAGUCCAUGCUUCAACUCAGAAUAAUCAUCUCCGAGUCCGCGAGACUGAAGCCUGUCGGGGACAUAGUGAAACAUAGGUGGUCAACCCUAACGAAGCUUAAACCGGAGGUUGUUCAACUAUUUCCUUUAUGGAACGACCUCUCGGUGGCACAUUGUCUUGGGAAUAUAUGGAUCACCGAGGACCAGUAUGGCGGUGGGAGACUCAUAAAUGCCGGGAUAAGAACCAUUGCAGAUGUUAACAACACGCUGGAUAUCGUCAAAUAUAUCCCUAAGUACUGUAAGGGCAAGAGGAUCGAAAGGUAAGGCCAGUGGCCUGAGUUAGUUGGUUUUAGUUUUCUUUUGGUGAUGAAUGGAUGUCUUAAGGACCCUACAUUGAAUUUGGUAUUGUACUGAAGGAACCUUCAUUUCGAGAUUAUAAUUAGUUACAAUUUGGCUUUAUUGUGUUGAAGGAUUCUCGCUCUGUUUCAAUUUUCUCUGC